AUGUCAUUUCGAGCGACCUGCGUUAUCUUUCCGAUAUCGGCAAUCACCACAAUUGAAGAGGUAUCAACCAAUAGGUUGAUCAUCCUGGAGGAUGAUGAUGUGACCAAGUGGUUGCAUCAUCAACUCACCAGACCAACCAUCAACCCCAACAAUAGAUGGUUGAACGAUUCAAAUACCAACACUCCGACUUCUAAUUCAUCCCGUUUGGAUUCUCCCAGGUCUCAACUCAUAUCUUCCAACAUGAGUAGAGCAUCUGGGUAUGAGACCAAUGAAUCCCAACCUCGGCGAACAUCGCGCAUUACUACUCCUGCCCGAUUGGACCCCGGAAUGAUUCAACCGUCACAGGACAGCCGUUGUGGUCUCUUCCUUCCGCCUUUGCAACUACAUUCUUCCAUUGCAAGCUCAGCAGUCAAUCCAACUGGCCGCAAACGAGGCCGAACUACCUCUAUAUCCGAUUCCGAGACGGCCUCGAGCCAUGUUCCCUGUAACCAGCCUCACAGGUCCAACCUCACUGGUAACAAAAAGAAGAAGAAGAUCGGCCAGAAGAAGCCUUUACCACCCCCGUCACAUCCAUUCAAUCAAAAGCCCAAGUCUGACAUGACUAUCAUCAUUGCAGGCUGUUUCCACUGCUUCAACGGUUACGGCUGCUUCCGGAAAAUUGAACCCAAACAAAUAUCAGGCCAAGGACCAUCCAUUGAUCUGCGCCAAGACUCUGACGAGGAAAACACUAGGAUCAGAAAACGAUCGAAGACUAACCCAGACCCAAAGGAGGACAAUUAUGAUGACAUAGCUUUAUACUUUGGAGCACCAACGGCUGGUGACAAGGAUUUCAACUGA